AGGGACGCCAUUCGGGUCUGCUGGGUGUAUUGUUCAAGGGUGAAUACGCAAAUCUAGCACAGUAAUGUCUGCCCGUGAAAGAUUAAUUUGGCGGAUAGAUGCGGCGGGUUUUGUUUGCAUUUCUUCGAAACUGAAGAAAGAAAUUCAUACAGGUUUGGAAUAACUUGACGAUCCCACUAGAUGGACAGUGGCUCACUAUGGCAACCUCAGUACACAGUAGAGACAGGAAUCAUUGUUCAGCAGGUCAUUACUAGAGACAGUACAAAACUGUGUUUUAGGAAUCAAGAACGAUUAUUCUGUCAGACUUGAUAAUGUCAUCAAGUCCUCAGGUAUCUCACAGCCAAAGUGUCCUUCCCUUGUUCAUGGGUAAAGGCAGAAAUAUCACCUUUGUUCUGGACUCCUCUGUGGGAAUGAUUGGCUUUUUGGGACCAGUGAAGAAUCUCAUCAUACAAACCUUGAUUACUAAAGCUUCACUCAGAGACUCGCUCUUCAACAUUAUCAGCUUUUCAUACAAGUCAACACCGUGGUCUUCUCACAUGAUGCCCUGCACCCCUGAUGUAGUCUAUGAAGCACUGAGCUGGAUCCACACAUUACAGACAAGUCCUGGCAGAGACCUCCACUCAGCACUGGCCUUAGCUUUCUCUGACCCUGUCUGUCACUCUGUCCACUUGGUGACCAACGGUCUCCCAGACAACCCACCACAAUGUCUAGCUUCAUUAUCAACCCUGGUGACGCGCCCCGUAAAUACAUUUUACAUAUCUGACAAGACUCCCAUGAACACGGACAUAUCAGACUUCUUGCAGUGCAUUACCUCCACCACUAGAGGAAGCUGUUACGUCAUGACGCUCAACUCAGCUGGCAACAUGGACCAGAUCAGUUUGCUGCAUUCAACGGAUGACUUGAUUCAAAUGCCAUCAUACUCUGAGGACCCAUGCCAUUCAGUGGACUUCAAUCAGGUCCCAUUCUCCAACUUCACAAGUGUCUAUUCCUUAUCAUGCUGGUGUUCCCCUAUGAAUCCUUUUAGUACAGUAUCAUGUGUAUCUGCAAGGGUAAUGCGAGGUGCUGAGCUUUUUUCUGGCUGUCGUGUGUUAGCCAGAAGAGAGAUAGAUGGGUUUUACUACCUGGGGACAAUCAUACAUCAGGGCAGAGGAAAUCUUUACACGGUGGAGUUUGAUAAGUUUGGACCUAAAGGAAAUACAUUUAUGGACACAUUAAAUACAAUUCAACCAAUUUGCCAGCCUGAUAUGGUCAGUCUAGCCAGUGCACAUAGGCACAGUAUUGUACCAGGAGACACUGUUCUGGCACCAUGGGAGCCAGACAUGAGACGAUAUGGGCCUGGAAGAGUCAUCUCUGGUAUGGAGCCAAGAGAUCCACUUAAAAGUGACGAAGGUCUUUUGGGACUCCAGGUUCUCUUCUGGAAUGGGAUGACAAUUCAUGUUCCCAAACAGCUCGCAGUAUGGAUUCCAGCCUCUCAUCAUGAGCAAAUUAUCAAAGACCUCCAGCAUUAUUCAUCUCGGCCAUGUUGCUACAGGGUUUCCCACUGCGGCACCAUGAAUUGUUUUGAUUUGCCAUGUCACCAAUGCAACCACCGCAGUCUGUCCUCCAUCCCACCAUGCCACUGUCCUGUCAAGAGAUGCUGGCCAGUGUUCAUGCCAUCUCCAGUACUAAAUAACCAAAGGAGAGAUGAGCUGAAGAGGAAAUUAGAUCUCCAACUUAAAGAACUACAGAGCUCUCAACAGACACAAGUGCCUUCGUGUUCCUCAUCAUCAGCCUCUGAAUCAGAUGAGAACGAGGAGGAUACUGCAGCUGAGAAACACAGGCCUUCAAGGUCAGAACUUGUGAACCGAUCUAUAAACACAGACAUUUCCUGCCUGAGAAAGCCAUACGCUCAACCUGAGACCAGACUGGCCUGGAGAUACUGGAAAAGGGGAUCUUCAGAACCACAGCACAAGAAACCAGGAAGAGCAGUCCGGUCUCCAAAUGUCAGCCAUUCUUGGCCUAGAGACACUGGGAAUUCUGGGAGCUCUACAGAUAACGCUAUGAUGACCAAUCACAGCUCUUUAUUUAAGCUGGUUCCUGAUUCACCAAAAAGAGGAGUUAAUAUGAGGGAAAUAUUUGGAUCAGCACAAGGCCAACUAAACUGAUAGUUCCACAGCCAAAGUGUUAUGAGUAUCGCCAAUGUGGACAGUUUCCGUCUGUGGCUAUGUGUCCUGCAUUGCUGCUGUGAUGGAAUAGGUGCCUGGAGACACUUCAAUAAGGAAAUCCUCUGGUUCUGAUGAACCCUUCAAACAAAUAUGUAGAUGAACCAAAAGAGUGGAUUUGUGGAAUAAACUUUGUAAAUAUGGCCUGGUUAAA